AGUCACGUACUACUAUUGUUAUUUUUAUACGACUUCUUUGCAGAAAAUUUAGUAGAUUCGAUCUCAAGACAAUAAAUAGUUGUCAUCUACUGAGUACUAGACACAUAUUGCAAUUAUUAAUAAUGGAGGAACAACGAAGUGACAAAAUUUAUGGUGGUUGUGAAGGUCCUGAUGCCAUGUACGUGAAGUUAAUAUCAUCGGAUGGCCAAGAAUUCAUUGUCAAACGGGAGCAUGCUCUGACCUCUGGCACUAUAAAGGCUAUGCUUUCCGGUCCUGGACAAUUUGCAGAAAACGAAGCGAAUGAAGUGCAUUUCAGGGAAAUUCCGUCACAUGUUCUUCAGAAGGUAUGCAUGUACUUCACAUACAAGGUGCGUUACACUAAUAGUUCUACCGAAAUUCCCGAGUUUCCGAUUGCGCCUGAAAUUGCGUUGGAGUUGUUAAUGGCAGCAAAUUUCUUAGAUUGUUGAAUAAUAAAUUCGAAAUACAUAAAUACAUUUAAUCUUUUUUAGUUGAAAUGUUCUGAUAAUUAUUGUUUACUAUUUCUAACGAACUUCUUAUGUGUAAAAGAAUAUGAAAAAAUACAUUUUGUCUGAAAAACAUA